AUGUCUCUCUCUCGUCACCGCUCGUCCUCUCUGAGACAGUCGUCCACUGAGCAUACGCCCACAGCCUCUGGGGGGAGGUUCGGUUCUGCUGCUACCACUGGUAGCGUAGGUACCGCCUCCACCCGCGGUGUGUUUGUGGCUUCAGGCCUGCCGGUGGGUGGAGUCUCCAGUCUGGGCACACGGGUCUCCCGGCGUGCUCUGGGCAUCAGCAGCGUGUUCCUGCAGGGAACGCGCAGCAGCACCACCCCGGUUCUGACCCGGAUCAGAGACCAGGCUGUGGGUCAUGGAACUGCCGUCGGACUGAACAGCUGCCUGAUGGAGUACAGCGACAAAGUGAGGGCACUAGAGAGUCUGAACCAAGAGCUGCAGGACCAGAUCCGACUGAGUCUGGAUCACAAGACUGACAGAGCUACAACCUGGGGACAAAUGAGGACAGAGUGGAAAGACAUCUACCGACAGGUCAGUGAAGCCAUCCUGAAGAACGCCCAUCUGAUGAUGCAGUCAGAGAACGUCCAGGCCACUGCCGAGGACUUUAAAGAGAGGUACGAGAACGAACAGCCGUUCAGGAAGGAGGUGGAGGAGGAGAUUAGCUCUCUGUACAAGGUCAUUGAUGACGCCAACCUGAUGAAGGAGGAGCUCCAGGAGCAGAUGGAGAACAUGAGGGAGGAGCUACGCCAACAGGAGCAAAACCACGAGCAGGAUGUUCGUGUCCUCUACAGUCAGAUGUCGGGACAUGAGGUGGACCAACCUGACGCUCUCAUCACGACCAGUCUGGACCAGAUCCUGGUUCACAUCCGGAACCACUGGGAGAAGAUGACAGAACGUCAGCGAACCGAGACCAGAGACUACCAGCUGUGUCAGGAGGCGGAGUCAGUGAGCAGCAGACUCAGUCCUGUGGAGCAGCAGCUGGAGACGUUGAAGGCUGAAUGUCAUGACACUGGCUGUAAGAUCCAGAGUCUGCAGGCGGAGACUGAGUCCGUCAGAGCGCUGAAACGUGGCCUGGAGAACUCGCUCAGUGACGCUCGCCACUGGCACGAUAUGGAGCUGCAGAACCUGGGCUCAGUGGUGGCCAAGCUGGAGGUGGAGCUUGCUGACGUGCACGGAGAGAUCGAACAGCAGCGCCGCGACUAUGACACGUUGCUAAACAACAAGCAACAUCUGGAGCAAGCCAUCGGGAUUUACCACAACAUAAUGGAUGGGGAGGAGAACCGCUUCCAUGAGGCGCCGUGAGUUACUGCAGGAGAACGCUACAGACUGCGCUUAAGACGUCAACAACACUACACACAAUGCUACAGACGUCAACAAUGCUACAGACCACGCUACAGACGUCAACAAUGCUACAGACCACGCUACAUAUGUCAACAAUGCUACAGACCACGCUACAGAUGUCAACAACGCUACAGACCACACUACAGACGUCAACAGCGCUACACACCGCGCUACAGACCACGCUGCAGACAUCAAAAACGCUACAGAUGUCAACAGCGCUACACACCGCGCUACAGACCACGCUGCAGACAUCAAAAACGCUACAGAUGUCAACAGCGCUACACACCGCGCUACAGACUACGUUACAGAUGUCAACAACGCUACACACCGAGCUACAGGCGUCAACAAUGCUACAGACCCUGCUACAGACCCUGCUACAGACGUCAACAACGCUACACACCACGCCACAUAAGUCAACAACGCUACAGACCACGCUACAUAUGUCAACAACGCUACAGACCACCCUACAGACUGCGCUACAGACGUCAACAAUGCUACAGACGUCAACAGCGCUACAGACCGCGCUACAGACGUCAACAACACUACACACCACGCUACAGACGUCAACAACGCUGCAGACCGCACUACAGACGUCAACAACACUACACACCACGCUACAGACGUCAACAACACUACACACCACGCUACAGACGUCAACAACGCUACAGACAUCAACAACGCUACAAACCACGCUACAGACGUCAACAACGCUAUAGACGUCAACACCGCUACAGACCGCGCUACAGACGUCAACAACACUACACACCACGCUACAGACGUCAACAACGCUACAAACAUCAACAACGCUACAAACCACGCUACAGACGUCAACAACGCUAUAGACGUCAACACCGCUACAGACCGCGCUACAGACGUCAACAACACUACACACCACGCUACAGACGUGAACAACGCUGCAGACCGCACUACAGACGUCAACAACACUACACACCACGCUACAGACGUCAACAACGCUACAAACAUCAACAACGCUACAAACCACGCUACAGACGUCAACAACGCUACAGACCAUGCUACAGACGUCAACAACGCUAUAGACGUCAACAACGGUACAGACCAUGCUACAGACGUCAACAAUGUUAAAGAUGACGCUUCAUACCAUGCUACGGACAUCAACAACGCUACAGACCCUGCUACAGACAACGCUGCAGACUUCAACAACGCUACAGACCACGCUACAGACGUCAACAACACUACACACCACGCUACAGACGUCAACAACGCUACACACCGCGCUACAGACGUCAACAACGCUACAGACGUCAACAAUGCUGCAGACCAUGCUACAGACGUCAACAACGCUAUAGACCACGCCACAUAAGUCAACAACGCUACAGACCACGCUACAUAUGUCAACAACGCUACAGACCACCCUACAGACUGCGCUACAGACGUCAACAAUGCUACAGACGUCAACAGCGCUACAGACCGCGCUACAGACGUCAACAACACUACACACCACGCUACAGACGUCAACAACGCUGCAGACCGCACUACAGACGUCAACAACACUACACACCACGCUACAGACGUCAACAACACUACACACCACGCUACAGACGUCAACAACGCUACAGACAUCAACAACGCUACAAACCACGCUACAGACGUCAACAACGCUAUAGACGUCAACACCGCUACAGACCGCGCUACAGACGUCAACAACACUACACACCACGCUACAGACGUCAACAACGCUGCAGACCGCACUACAGACGUCAACAACACUACACACCACGCUACAGACGUCAACAACGCUACAAACAUCAACAACGCUACAAACCACGCUACAGACGUCAACAACGCUACACACCGCGCUACAGACGUCAACAACACUACACACCACGCUACAGACGUCAACAACGCUGCAGACCGCACUACAGACGUCAACAACGCUACAAACAUCAACAACGCUACAAACCACGCUACAGACGUCAACAACGCUACAAACCACGCUACAGACGUCAACAACGCUACAGACGUCAACAACGCUACACACCGCGCUACAGACGUCAACAACACUACACACCACGCUACAGACGUCAACAACGCUGCAGACCGCACUACAGACGUCAACAACGCUACAGACCAUGCUACAGACGUCAACAACGCUAUAGACGUCAACAACGGUACAGACCAUGCUACAGACGUCAACAAUGUUAAAGAUGACGCUUCAUACCAUGCUACGGACAUCAACAACGCUACAGACCCUGCUACAGACAACGCUGCAGACUUCAACAACGCUACAGACGUCAACAACACUACACACCACGCUACAGACGUCAACAACGCUACACACCGCGCUACAGACGUCAACAACGCUACAGACGUCAACAAUGCUGCAGACCACGCUACAGACGUCAACAACACUACAGACGUCAACAAUGCUACAGACCAUGCUACAGAUGUCAACAACACUACACACCACGCUACAGACGUCAACAACGCUACACACCGCGCUACAGACGUCAACAACGCUACACACCGCGCUACAGACGUCAACAACGCUACAGACCACUCUACAGAUGUCAACGCUACAGACUGUGCUACAGAUGUCAACAGUGCUACAGACCACGCUACAGAUGUCAACAACGCUACAGACCGCGCUACAGAUGUCAAAAACGCUACACACCGCGCUACAGACGCCAACAACGCUACAGACCACAGUACAGGCAACGCUUUAGACCAUGCUACAAACGUCAACAACAGUACAGACCACGCUACAAACGUCAACAA